AUGUGUCACCCUGCAGAUUCUCUAUCAUGGAAGUUAGUAGACCAUAAGUGGCCAGAUUUCCCUGCAGAGCCAAGAAACCUUCGAUUAGCUAUUUUUGCAGAUGGAAUAAAUCCACACAGUUCCUUUAGCAGUAGGUAUAGUUGUUGGCCAGUUAUAAUGAUUACCUAUAAUCUUCCACCGUGGUUAUGUAUGAAAAGGAAAUUUACGAUGCUAUCAUUGUUAAUAUCAGGUCCACAACAACCUGGUAAUGACAUUGAUGUUUACUUGGCACCACUAAUUGAUGAUUUGAAAAUGUUGUGGGAGGUAGGUAUUAAAGCUUAUGACGCUUAUAAAGAAGAACGCUUCAGGCUGAAGGCUAUAUUGUUGUGGACAAGUAACGACUUUCCAACAUUAGGCAAUUUGAGUGGUUAUACUAUAAAGGGAUAUUAUGCAUGUCCAAUUUGUAGUGAAGGAACAUGUUCUCACAGAUUAAAAUAUGGUAAGAAGAACACAUAUGCUGGCCACAGAAAAUUUCUUCCACGCUACCAUCCAUAUCGGAAGCAAAAAAAGGCUUUUAAUGGUGAGCAAGAGUUUGGAUUAGCUCCAAUACCAUUAACUGGGGAGGAGAUAUUAAAUAAGGUUGAAGGGCUUGUAACCAUAUGGGGAAAGAAAAAUAAAAAAGCAUUAGAUGUUGGUGGUACAAAAUGUUGGAAGAAGAAAUCAUUAUUCUUUGAUCUUGAAUAUUUGAAGUACUUAUAUGUUAGACAUAAUUUGGAUGUUAUGCAUAUUGAGAAGAAUGUGUGUGAGAGCCUCAUUGGUAUGUUACUCAAUAUUCUAGGAAAAACAAAGGAUGGAAUUAAUUCUCGCCUUGAUCUUGUAGAAAUGGGUUUGCGUGAAGAAUUGGCACCACAAAUUAGGGAGAAACGAACAUACUUGCCUCCAGCAUGUUACACAUUGUCUAAGGAGGAGAACAAAAGAUUACUACCUGUGGCAAUACGAUCUGUGUUAUCUAAGCAUGUGAGACAUGCCAUUAUCAGGUUAUGUUUCUUUUUCAAAGCUAUUUGUAGCAAAGUGGUGGAUGUGGGAAAAUUAGAUGAGAUUCAAAAAGAUCUUGUGGUCACAUUAUGUCACUUUGGAUGGAUGUACCAAUUUGAGAGGUUCAUGAAGAUCUUAAAGGGUUAUGUUCGUAAUCGUAAUUGUCCUGAAGGUUGCAUUGCUGAAAGUUAUAUUGUAGAAGCUGUUGAGUUUUGCGCAGAGUACUUAUCUAGAGUGGAUGCAAUCGGGAUUCUUUCUAAUAGGAACAUGACAGUUGAUGAUGAUACAGAAAUUGGAAGGCCUUUAUCAAGUGGUUAUAUUGUUACUAUUGAUCGUAAUGAAUGGAAGCAAGCACAUCGUUAUGUGUUAGAAAAUACAAGUGACAUUCAACCAUACAUUGAGUAA